CGGUCCUGCUGGCGGCCUGGGCCAACUUCCUCGACCAGGUCCAGAGCCUGAUGGUGAACCUCGCCCUACGAGACAUCUCCCACGCCGUCCAUCUCACCCCCUACGAGAGCAACUGGCCUCUCCUCUCCUACUCGGUCGGUUAUGCCGCCGUGCUCUUCGUUGCGGGUGCCCUCAUCGACAAGACAGGCCUGCGCUUUACUUUCCUCCUGGGGAUCGCCAUCCUGGUCGGCGCCAAUGCGUUGUGUGCCUGGGCGCCCAACAAAGAUGCCCUCAUCGUGGGGAGAGCCAUCGCCGGGCUGGGAGGGGGAAUCAAUACCGUCUGUCUGAUCCCGUUGAUUACGAGCUCCUUGCCCGACGCAAAGGACCGGAAUCGAGGCUUGACCCUGCUGUUUGUCUCGGGACCGCUGGGCAUGGUGUGUGGGAUUAUAAUCGGGGCGCUGGUGACCGAAUCGUCUGUUGGCUGGCGAGGCAUCUUCUGGAUCACCAUGAUCCUCUGUGCCGUCCUCUUCGUCCUCGCCGUUCUUCUCGUGCCCAGUCGGGCACAGGAGCCAGUCAAGGAGUGCCGCGAGAGCGUGGAAGAGGCCGGUGAAGCCCGUUCCCAGUGCCAGCAGUCACAGAACCCGCCCUUUGACUAUAUCGGCGUCAUCCUCGCCUGCGUCGGCAUCCCCUGCCUCAUCUACGGCCUCAACGACGGCCCCAACCGCGGCUGGACCGACCCGGCCGUGCUGUCGACGCUCGUCAUCGGCGGCGUCUGUAUCCUCGCCCUGCCUGUCUACGACGGCUGGUUCUGUCUGACGGCCGACCCCUUCAUCCCGCGCGAGAUGCUGCACUCGGUCAAUAUGAUCCUCAUGACCUUCAACUUCCUCUUCAACGGCGGAGGCAUCACCGCCUGGUGGUAUCUCGUCACCCAGACUCUCCUCAAUGGACUGCAGUAUUCGCCCAUCCGCUCUGCUCUGUACUUACUGCCCGCCGCCUUUGCCUGUCUGGCCUCUGCCCCCGUGGCCGGCUUCCUCGCCAGCAAGCUAUCGGAACGCACGCAAAUCACCGGCGCCUGGGUCUGGAUGGCUGCCUUUUUGAUCCCCUGGGCCCUGAUCCCAGAGCACGUCAGCCCGGCCUGGCCCAUCGUGUUUGCCAUGUGCUAUAUCGUCGCCAAUGUGCCCGGCAUUGUGCGCGCCCAGGCCGCCGUGCUCUCCACCAUUCCGCAGUCGCAACAUGCUCGGAUUGGAUCCCUGCUCGCCAUCGUCUUCCAGGUCGGCGGGAGCACCCUGAUCGCCUUGAUGAAUGUGCUCGUCGCGGCCACCUCGUCGAACGAUUCGCCUGCCUCCGUCCUACACGGCUACCACAAUGCCGCAUGGUUGCUGUGUGGUGUCAUGGCCGCGUCGGCUGUCCUUUUUGUUCUCUUGUACCGUAAGCCGAGGGACACAGAUGUGCUGGCAGGGAGUGAGGCGGAAAGAAAUGAGGGUGAAAAAGUGGAAGAAUUAGGUGAAGUGGAAGAAUGAGGUGAAGUAGAUAAAAUAGGUAAAGUAAAAGAAUGAGGGUGAAAAAGUAGAUGAAAUAGGUGAAGUGGAAGAAGGAGGAUAAACUUGAGUAUUUACUAUAUUUUAUAUCUUAUUAUUUGUUAUAUUUAAUUUAUAACUAU